AUGUUGCAGAAAACGGGUAGAGGACUGCUUGCCUUGCUGUUAAUCGUACUGGAGUGGACCAGGCCAGGCUUGCCGUCCCCCCUGAGGCCAAUCUGCGACCUGAGGGUCCUGAACCAUUUCAUAAAGGAAGCUCGAGACGCAGAAGUCGCUAUGAAGUCAUGUAGAGAAGGAUGUAGCCUGUCAGAGUCUGUCACUGUUCCCCAAACCACAGUCGACUUUGAUGUCUGGGAGAAGAAAAAUGCGCUGGAGCAAGCCCAGGAGGUGCAGACUGGCUUAUGGCUCUUACAACAGGCUCUCAGCUUGCUGCGGACGUCGGUCACCAACACAGCACUGCACAGCCACAUAGACAACAGCAUCAGAAACCUGCUCAGCAUCAAUGCUGUGCUGCGUAGCCUCAACAUCCAGGAAUAUACUCCACCAGCAAGUGCAGUGGGGCUGGAGGGAACAUGGAGGGCGUCUUCAGCAACAGAUCUGCUUCAAGUCCAUGUCAACUUCCUCCGAGGUAAAGUGCACCUCCUCCUUUCAGAUGCACAGGCAUGCCAGCAAGAUGUCAGCUGAUCAGCUGAUCACCCUCCUCCAGGCAAAGGUCAUUUGUGUUUCCAAAGACAAGAGGCGGAACUUGACAGUGUUAACCUGCACGCUGGCUGCUGGAAGCGGUGUGGAAAGAGAAAGACACAGCAAUCCUCAACACAGGGAGGAGGCUGAAAGGAAAGGACAGUCCCAGCAAGGCUUUGGAUGGACAGGAGAUGACUGCACCUGGGAAUGUAGAUGUGACUCAUGGACAUGGUGAAGAACACACUGACCAAAAUGAUGCCUUUGGGAAACACUGCUCCAGUAGCUGUUCUACUGGCACUCUCUUGCACUUUGUGUGU